AUGACGCUGACACUCUCUUCUCCCUCCUUGCUGCUGCCUGGAGAGGUUGACGAUGCCGACGCCAGUUGCAAAAGUAUACCCAUACCAUACCUCCGGGUACAAUCCGGUGGAGUACUCCGGAUAGACCUGCUGACACAACCAGGACUUAUCAUCACCGUGUCAGCCCUCGUGGCGGCGGGUAUAGCUGUUUAUGAAUCCCCGCAGUUUCGAAACUGGAUCGAUAAUUCUCGACGGAAGAUCGCACUUGCGUUACACCAUCUUGGUGAUGAGAUCCAACCGCGAACCUCUACGUCAUCUCCGAGUCAGGAUAUCUCCAUGACCGAAGAAAUGGGCCCUGAAGCCGAAGAGCGACGGCGACUCAUUCGGGAAGAGAUCCAGAACCGACGUGCUAUGAUAGAGGAACAUCAGAAACGACGGCAGAGCGCCGGGCUCGGUUCGUUUGAUGCGCUAGUGGACGACGAAGGCCGCUUGCUACGAACAGAUACUCCAGAAGUAUCCAAUGGUUCCCUGGCGAACUCAACCGCCGUCGAACUGUCUACAUCGCAGGUCGUUCAGCGGAGCGGCAAACAGACCGGUUCUUCGACGCCGUUAGGUGAAGGUGAGCCGGCGAACGCAGCGGCCGAGAAAGAUAGACUGCACGUUGCCAUUCCAUCGUCUUCUCAACUUCAAUCCGCCACGCUGAUUAACUACACCCCUACUUCAGAGACUUCAGGUAUGGAUUUUUCGAUGCCGACGCUAGACCAGUCGGAAGAUGCCGUGCAAAGUCGAUCGCGAUCAUCCGGCCACCCCGAGGGUGGUUCACAAAUCCUCUUUGCUCACUCCGAUUUUCCAGCCAAUGACACCAGUCGGGACCUCACAACCCCGUUCUCAAACCAGUCAGACUUGGAUUCUGUCAGCUUUGCUGACCGGGAACGUCCGACCACACCAUCCUCGACCGGGAGUUUCAGCCAGAUCUAUGAAUCCGCGGUGGAUGAGUCGUCGGACGGCACGUUAAGUGACUUAGGUCGAUCGACGAGUGUUGCCACCCCAGUUAGCUGGUCGGAGGUUGGUAGUGUCAUCAGCAACGAUGACUUCAAUGCUAGCCACCACGGAUCGUAA